CCGGGCUCAGGGUUUUAUCAAUUUGACGUGGUAUGGCUGUGCUUGUAGCUUCAACUUUCAAGCUUGUACAUAAGAAGGUAUAAAUAGGUAUAUGCAGUAUGAAGCACGCGAUCACUGAGUAUUGAGUGCCUAGGGUACAUGCAAGGCGUGCGUAGUUGAAUUGUCAAUAACUGGUCAAUAUGUACACAAUAAACUGACUACGUUUAAUUAUGCCACGCUUCUAGUAGUCACCUAAAUAUGUACUGUGGAACGCUUAGAAUAGCCGUACAAGGGUGGCUAUUACUCUUGUGGUGUAUAUUGGGGUUGGUGUUCGCCCAAGACGUUACCGAGGGUCAGGUUACCAUGACAACGAAUGCGAGUACUGAGGUGCCUAAUAAUGCGUCGCAAUCGACAGUGUUAAGCGAUAUGAGCAAGUUCCCUCACUUUGACACGGGCGGUCUAUCGAUGUUCUUGAAGGGCGAGCCGAGUCCGUUAAGUUUAGGAUUAGUGAAGUUGGACCGGAAUCUGACAUUCGAGUUCUGGUUCAAGGCUGAUGCAUACAAUGCUGCUGGUAUGUGUAUCUAUACCAAAUAGCAAUUGUUUGCUUAUAUUAAUACUUGCGUUUCAGAAGGAAAUGGGAUAUAGAACAACAGUG